GGGAGUUUGCUGCGUCAACCAGUGAAAAAACCAACGAAUGAAUGACCCUCCUACCAGGAUGGGGGCCCCGGGUCCCCGCGGAGCUAGGUAUACCACGGACUCUCCCGGCAGCUCGGAGCACGCGGGGUCCUUUCCGCACGAGAAGGGGCGCGGGGCUCCCCUGGCCGCGGGCGCCCAGAAUCCCGCGGCGGCCGGAGGCCCGGGUGGCCCCCACGAGGACCGCCGGGAGGGAGAGAACCUGGACACUUUGUCGUGGGUCAGAGAGAAAGUGCUCUUUCUUUUUCACCCAGAGAGGGGUUUGGGGUCUCAAGGGGAUCUUGCACGGGAAGAAGUGGCCGGUGUGGAGGACCUUUCCCAGGCGGGCGGAGACGACCAGGAACCCGACUGCCUUUCUCCUCGCUUACCACGAGAAAAACGACUUUCUGGCAGCGGUGCAGAUGCUGCCUCCAGAGCUCCGCCGCGGGACUCCGCAGCCCCACCCAAAUCCGUGCUCGUGCGGGUCGUGGAUUAUCAGGUGACACAAGAAGUCCAGUGGGCCAGGUGGACGAAGGGCUUCAUGACCACGCGGACCGAGGAGCACUCCAUGACCGCGAUCGCUUUUCGCACCAACAAGGAGUGAAGCAGGUCGUGGGGCGCAAGGACCCCUGGAGAACGCCACGCGCUCUUGGCACAGAGAGAGGUACCCCGCGUCCACGACGCGGAGAGACGAUCUGAUCUUUUCACCUUCCCCAAGGACCUGAUUUCUCAAGGAGAUUAAACGGGAAGGAGAGGCCCGAGGAAUAUUCCGGGUUGGUGGGUGAGCGAUAAUCCUCUGGAAAAGAAAAUGCUCUUCCGGAAACCCCAACCUGCAAUUAACCAACAGCCAAGACCUUUUACGAGGCUGGCGCGGCGCUUCGGGGAGGCUGAUGCUGUCACCCAAUACAAACUGAAGAAUAACUGUAAGCAACGUAAUACCUCUUUUGUGGCUUAACUACUGUGAAGUCAUUCAGAAGAGGGAAAGAAAAGUUCUUCAUGAAUAAGAUUUGCAGCCAAGACUGGAUUGAAAAUACACCUUUUCUGAUGCUGUUGAAAAAAAGUUUCUUCUGGUGCUAUGGAAACAGCUCAUUUUUAUUUUGUUUAUUCCUCUUUUUUAUUAAAUACCAUCUUUAUUAACCCUUGAGUAGUGUGGCCUGGUUUGGAAAUCUGUUAGGAGCAGCUUGACUGUAUAGCACUGCUCUGAAGGGGUAGGAUUCAGUCACUGGAAGAAGUAACAAGACGGGUGGGACUUGGCUUUCAGAGUAGUAAGCUAUUGAGCAGUUCUCCCCCUGUCCCCCCACUCUUCUCCCUCUUUGCCCCUUGUUUUCAGUUUAGAACUUGAAAUGCCCUCAGAUGUCUGAUCCACUUCUUGCCUCCUAGCAGACAAGAUAGGUAAGGUAUGUCCCUAUUUUACAGGUGAGCCAACUGAGACCUAAAGGGCAUGUUGGUUGUGUAGGUCACAGAGUGAGGAAUGACAUUUGCUUACUAUUUUUUCAAUAAAUAGACAGGAAUAUGAUCAUCUCUCUCCUGAAGGUUGGAAUGGCCUUUAGAAGGAC